AUGUCUGGAAAGGGUACUUCUAGCUCCAGUGGCUCUGGUAACUCUCUCGGUAGCCCGUAUACUGUCAAUAGCAGUGGUACCAACAGUCAAGGCAACAGCUAUGACAACCGCUCCACUCCCUCUGGUGAGGCUUAUCACUACAGCAAUAGUAGUUCUCCUCCACAUAAUAGUUGUAUGCUGACACCUCGUGCGAAAGAUGGUUCUUACUACUAUGCUAAUGGCAAUGGCUCCACCUACUACAACGGCAGCAGCGGAUCCACCUACACUGCUCCCGAUGGCACUUCGUACAAGAAGUGA